AUGAAGGCGAUUGUAGUGUGUCUGUUUUGUGUGAUAAUACUCGUGGAAAGUGAGGAAUACCUUAAUGUUACUUAUGAACCCGUUCAAAGGCAGUUGUUGGAGUUUAAGAAGGAACACCCGCAUCCUAUAGGGCUAUGGACCAAAGUUGCCGGAGAUCCAGUUGAACUUCGUGACACAAUAACAAUUAACUCCGAUCAGUUCAACAACCAAUUGUUUGUCGAUACAUUCUCAACUUUUGAUGGACGAAGAAUACCAGAGCGAAUAGCUACUGCCAAGGGUACGGGAGCCUUUGGCUACUUCGAAGUCACGCACGAUGUCUCCAAGUAUACAUAUGCUGAUGUGUUCAAUGGAGUGGGCAAGAAAACACCAAUAGUCGUCAGGUUUGCAGCAGCACUACAGAAUUUGGGAGGAUCUGAACUCAUUAGAGAAAUUAAAAGCAUGGCCACAAAAUUUUACACCAAAGAAGGGAAUUUCGACCUGUUAACUAUUUCGACACCUGUCUUUCCAUUCAGAGAUCCCAUGUUAUUCAGGGACCUAGUAAAUGCAUUUCAGAGAAAUCCUCAGACUAAUCUGUAUGAUUUCACAAGCGUUUAUGAUAUAACAACACUAAGGCCAGAGCUUGGCCAUAAUCUGUUUUGGAUAAUGUCUGAUUAUGGUCUUCCGAAUGGUUAUAGAAGGAUGGAUACAUUUGCCAUUCAUGCUUUUGAAGUUUCAAAUAAGCAUGGAGAAACACACUACGUACGAUUCAACUUAAGAUCUGAGUUGGGAUUCUCACCGCUCACAAGUGCUCAGGCAGCCGCCAUUCAAGCUCGAGAUUUGGAUUACUAUACUCGAGAUUUGUACAACGCUAUUGACUCAGGAGAGUACCCUGCAUGGAAACUAGAGAUGGAUGUGAUGACGUCAGAUGACAUAAAAACAGUUGAUUACGAUCCUUUCGAUGUCACAAAAUUGUGGAAAAAUGGCACAUUCAUCACAGUGCCAAUUGGACGGUUGGUUUUGAAUCAAAAUGUUGAAAAUCAUUUCAGAGAUAUCGAACAAGCGGCCUUUAAUCCGGGUCAUUUAGUACCCGGUAUUCCUGGACCAGUGGACUUUUUGUUCCGUGGAAGGAGAAUAUUCUAUAGAGAUACACAAAAUUACCGUUUGGGAAGAAACCACAACAAUAUUUUAGUAAACACGCCAUUGUACGAAAAGACGUAUGUACGAGAUGGAAGACCACCGACUAAGCUUAACAUGAAGAACGCUCCUAACUAUUAUGCUAAUUCCUUUAACGGACCAAUUCCAUACGUAGACGAAAAGAGGCCGUGGAAGAAGUUGCAAGUAUUAGAAAAUAAUGCCGUAGAUUUGGAACCGAUGUCGUAUUUCUACAAUUAUAUUUUGGAAGAUGAAGCUCACAGGCAGAGGUUUAUAGACAAUAUUGUCUUGUCUCUUUUGCCAGUCACUCCGCCGGUAAUUCAAAGAGUUUUCCAACUCUUAUUCUUGGUUGACAAAGAGUUGGGUACGCGAGUCAAGGCUGCUUAUGAGGUGGCACUUGCUGCCCAGCAAGCAGCAGCUCUGGCUGCUCCUCCCCCUGUUCCUGGAAGAAGAGUUCCUUCUGCGCGGGACAAUCCUAAAAAAGAGACGAAAUGA